AUGAAAGCAACUACCAAAGCGCUAGGCCUCCUGGCAGCUGCAGGCUCUGCUGCCGCAUCAUGGACCGAUUGGUUCGAUCCCGACACCACCGUCACGGCGACGAUGACGAGAACCGUCGCGUACUGCCCAUGCAAUGGCGAGGUGAGGGUGAGUCCUGUUGGGAGCAACAAAGGACCGGUCUUCACGGCAACCACAACCACAGUUCCGGGCAAGACAAUCACCAAAGCCGGACCCGUCGUUGUCGUGUUUGAAACCGGGGGUGUCACGACGACCAAGACCGGUAUGGCUAUCGAGCUGAUCGUUCCACCUACGGACCCUGCAGGUUCAACGGUAUAUGUGACCAAGACGGUUUGGACAGGAGCUCAACCUACCAACGACCUCGCCUGGGUCGAUUGGAAUGACGAUAAUGCUGAAGACGGCGCAACAUUGACCAGAACGCACACCGCAGAGACAACAGUCUACGAGGCCAUUAGUGCGUUCCCUACUCAGACUGAUGAUGCAUCCUGGUCUGAUUGGGCUGCCACAACGAACACUCACACAGUCUACACGAACACAACCGUGACGGUGAGCCCAACUGGCCCCAGCACCAGCACAACGAGCAGUAACGGUGUUGGACCCAUUGGUGGCUCCACAAGCACUUCCUCCACGAGCGUUUCCUCCACCAGCGCUUCGUCCAGUACCUCCGCCACAAGCGAAAGCAGCAUCGGACCAAUCGGCGGUUCUACCAGCACGUCCUCGAGCUCAACGAGCGCAUCCAGUGCAAGCAGCGCAAGCACCACUAGCACUGGCGGUUCCAUUAUUCCCAGCAGUUCAAUCUCAUCAAGCAGCUCAAGCGUCGGAGCUAGCUCGAGCACCACGACCACCGUUGCACCAACCACUACAUCUGCUGCAUCCACGACCGUGGCAUCCACCUCAACGACCACGUCAGCCAACGGUAGACUGCCAACCACCACCUUGAAUGUCAGCAACAUGGACUACCAGACGGGCAUCCUUGCAGCCCACAAUGUUCACCGAGCCAACCACUCGGCCGCUGAUUUAACCUGGAACGCGCAGAUGGCCACAUACGCGGCAGAAACUGCUGCAAAGUGUGUUUAUCAACACGAUCUUUCUCCCGGUGGUGGUGGUUAUGGCCAAAACAUUGGGGCUGGCUACACGCCUGCCCAAGUUCCGGCCAUGAUCGGCAAUGAUAUGUACAAUAGCGAGAUGCCGUACUACCCAUUGCCCUACGGGGUCGACAAUCCCGACACCAGCAACUUCGGUUCCUGGGGACAUUUCUCGCAGAUCGUGUGGAAGAGUACCACUGGUGUCGGAUGUGCCACUCAAUUUUGCCCUACGCUACAGGGAGCCACUUUCACCAACUACUUCACUGUGUGCAACUACUAUCCUCCCGGAAACAUCGGUGGCGCGUACUCCAACGUUGGCGCUCCUCUUGGUCAGGAUGUUGUUAUCAUCCAGACUUGA